AUGGCCGCCAAAUCCAAGACACGGGUGAUCAUUGCGCGGCUCCUGUCGACUGCCGGCACGGGGUACAUGUACACGACCCGCCGGCUACGUGUGGCCGACAAGCUGAGCAUGAUGAAGUACGACCCGGUCGUGAAACGCCAUGUGCUCUUUAAAGAGACCAAGGGAUCGAAAUGA